UCGCUCGGCGCCAUGCGAGGCUUCGGGCCAGGUCUGACGGCGAGGUAUCUCCUACUUCUGCGUCCCCCGCUGCGGCCGCCACGGCCGCUCGGGUCCCGGCUGUCCAGCGGGCCGGCGGCGGCGGCCGGUGCCCUGGAGCGGGCCAUGGACGAGCUGCUGCGCCGCGCCGUGCCGCCGACGCCGGUCUACGAGCUGCGCGAGAAGACGCCGGCGCCCGCCGAGAGCCAGUGCGCGGACUUCGUGUGCUUCUACGGCGGCCUGACCGAGGUGGCCGAGCGGGCCGAGCUGCUGGGCCGCCUGGCGCGGGACUUCGGCGUGGACCAUGGCCAGGUGGCCGAGCAGAGCGCCAGCCUGCUCCAGCUGCGCCAGCAGCAGCGGGAGGCGGCCGUGCUGCUGCAUGCUGAGGACCGGCUGCGCUACGCGCUGGUGCCCCGUUACCGCGGCCUCUUCCAUCACAUCAGCAAGCUGGACGGCGGCGUGCGCUUCCUGGUGCAGCUGCGGGCGGACCUGCUGGAGGCGCAGGCCCUCAGGCUGGUGGAGGGGCCAGACGUCCGGGAAAUGAGUGGGGUGCUGAAAGGCAUGCUCUCAGAGUGGUACUCUGCCGGGUUCCUGAGCCUAGAACGCGUCACCUGGCACUCAUCCUGUGAAGUGCUUCAGAAAAUCAGUGAGUCUGAGGCCGUGCACCCCGUCCGCAGCUGGAUGGACAUGAAGCGCCGCGUGGGGCCCUACCGGAGGUGCUACUUCUUUUCCCACUGUUCAGUCCCCGGGGAGCCCCUGGUGGUUCUGCACGUGGCCCUGACCAGCGACAUCACCAACAACAUCCAGGCAAUAGUGAAGGAAUGCCCUCCAUCAGAAACAGAGGAGAAGAGCAGAAUUGCUGCUGCCAUCUUUUACUCCAUCAGUUUGACCCAGCAGGGACUGCAGGGGGUAGAGCUGGGGACAUUCCUGGUGAAGCGUGUCAUCAAGGAGCUGCAGAAAGAAUUUCCUCACCUGGGGACAUUUUCCAGUCUGUCUCCUAUACCUGGGUUCACCAAGUGGCUUCUGGGGCUUCUGCACUCACCAACCAAAGAGCUUGGGCGGAACGAACUGUUUACAGAUUCAGAAUGUAAAGAACUAUCAGAACUCACUGGUGGCCCCAUCACUGAGACUCUCAAGGGUCUUCUGGGCAGCAGUGAAUGGGUGAAGUCCGAGAAGCUGGUGCGGGCGCUGCAGACCCCGCUGAUGCGGCUGUGCGCCUGGUACCUGUAUGGGGAGAAGCACCGGGGCUACGCUCUGAACCCUGUGGCCAACUUCCACCUGCAGAACGGGGCAGUGCUGUGGCGCAUCAACUGGAUGGCCGACACCAGCCUAAAGGGCCUUAGCGGCUCCUGCGGCCUGAUGGUCAACUACCGCUACUACCUGCAUGAGACGGGCUCCAACAGUACCGCCUACCUGGGCUCCAGGAACAUCAAGGCCUCCGAGCAGGUGCUCAGCCUGGUGGCCCAGUUCCAGAAGAACAGCAAGCUCUAGGAGGAACCCUCCCCUAAAGCACAUGCGUCUGGCCCAGGGCUGGGAAGAUGAAAACAUCACGGACAGGGCAGGUCGUGUGUCAGAGGGAGCUUUCUGAGUAAAGCCGCGGUGACCUGUCCUCUUGCCCGCAGGGUUGUGCGGUGAGGACGGGUCUUCACUUCCACUGUGCUGGGAAAGAGGCGCUGCCUGGCAUGGACGGGGCUGGAUGCAGGUGGACACAGACCGGCGGGUCAGUGUGCUCCCCAGAAGGGUCUGCCGAGGCCUUCGGCCUGAUACCUGCCCAGGGCGGGUGCUGUGGCAUCUCCAGCCUCAGGCUCUAUAGUUCUCAUACCAGACAGGUCAGUCGGCCUCCUGAGGACCAGGGCCAGUGGCCCAGAAGAGAGCAGAUUUUACCUGGAGCUUCUAGAAUGUAAUUUGGUGAUGAUUGCUUUAGCCGUUUCUCUCCACUUAAUAAAAAGGGACAUAGGGCUCUGCUACACUUUACCAGUUAAACUCUGAAGUUCAUAAAUAUAUGAAAGGGUUUGUGAUUCUGCACAAAUAUAGCACAGAAGCUGCUGCUGGAGCUGGGCUGACAGGGAUUCACAUUCAUAAUGGACUGCAUAGUAAGGAACAAGUCUGUUCUGCAAAGCGGUAAACGUGUGAUCAUUUAACUGAGGUUGACUUUAAGAUAAGAGGCUGGCAAGGCUGGAGUCAGCUCUGAGGUGUCAGCUGCGCCGUGGUCCCCAGCUGGAGCUGUGGCGAUUGUGUUCUGGGAAGGGGCCAAGGGUACAGGAUGAGGACAAAGAUGAGGGAUGGCCGUGGCUGUGGGAGGAAGGGAAGCGUGUGUCAGCACAAGUGCCUCCAUGUCUGCGUGUGCAAGCGUCUGUACACACACACGUGUCUGUGGUUGCAGUGCCCUCCUGUCCUCAGGCAGACGGGUCGUCCCUUCCUUCAUUUCUCAUCUUUAAGACCCUGAGGGCACUAAAUUCUCACCAUCCCAGGUCCUUCUCUGCCAUCUCCCAUGUCUGACACGUGGCCUCAUAACAGGGGUGUGAUGGUCGUCACUGGUGGAAGCUGUCUUAUGCCUCCUCCAGAGCCCUGGACCGCCUCUGAAGGCCCUGGGGAUGAGGCUCAGAGGAGAGAGGGCCAUGUGGCCUGGCAGGCACACCCACCCCGUCAUUGUUACAGAUGUCCCUGCAGCCCGACUUUGGCCCCCACCAUGACACUGGCCUGAGUGAGGGUUCUGUGAUCUGUCGUCCCCUUAUUUGGAUAUUAAAAUGGUUGCUGCUUUUC